AUGGCAGAUGCGUCAUCUCCACCGCCUGCCGCAGAGGUAGCCUCUCCGGUCACUCCCAUCAAUCUGAUCCUCCUCACCCUGUUCGUAUUCCUGGUCUACCUCCGCCUCAAGCCCGCGAAGCCUCAAGCUCUCCCCAGAGCACCACCACCCACCGUCUUCCGAACAUUCACCCCACCGGAACUCUUCCCCUACAAUGGACUGAACGAGAUGCCCGUUUACCUGGCCGUGAAGGGUCAGGUCUUUGACGUCACCUCUGGAAAGAACUUUUACGGACCCGGCGGUCCCUACGCCAACUUCGCCGGUCGCGAUGCCAGCCGUGGCCUUGCGCAUGGCAGUUUUGACGAAGACAUGCUGACUAGCGACCUCGAUGGACCCCUUGAUCCCCUCGAUGACCUUAAUGACGAACAGCUCGAAGCUCUCCGCGGAUGGGAAGAGCGUUUCUUGGAGAAGUACCUCGUCGUCGGAAAGUUGGUGCCUGUGGGCGCAAAGUAA